UCCCAAUUCUUUUUCCCAUUACCUUCUUCUCUCAUCUCUCUCUCUCUCUCAACUCUGUUCCUUCCCAGUCCCCUCUGAGCCCACUCCACUUCUUUCUCCCCUGUUUUAAUUUCUCUUUGCUUCUCCAUCGCAGCAGAGCAGGCUUAGGAGCAGCGAAGAACAAAGGAACCAUGUGCGGCGGCGCCAUCAUCUCCGACCUCCUCCCUCCCCGGAGCCAACAUCACCAACUCGUCGCCACCUCCGACCUCUGGCCCGGUCCUGGCACCGAUCCAACCCAAAAAGAGCCGAAGAAGAGAGAAAGGAAGAACCUUUACCGCGGGAUUCGCCGGCGGCCGUGGGGGAAGUGGGCGGCGGAGAUCCGUGAUCCGGCGAAGGGGGUGCGGGUCUGGCUGGGGACCUUCAGCACCGCCGAGGAGGCCGCCCGGGCUUACGACCGGGCAGCCCGCCGGAUCCGCGGCUGCAAGGCCAAGGUCAACUUCCCCAACGAGGACCCGCCACCACCGCCGGCGAAGGCGGCACGCCAGCGCUACGGCCCGUACUGCGUCGGCGGUGAGGCUUACUCCUCCGCCAUGGUGGCGGUAGGCGGGGGUGUGGAGGCGGAGGGGUUGAGGCAGGAGGCGAUGGCUUCCGGGUCGUGUGCGGAUCUCUUGGAGAUGCCGUUCGUCGAGGUGACUGCGGCGGCGCAGGCCGGUGCUAGCGCCGGGGGUCAGAAGGGCGGCCCUGCUUCCAAUGAAGACCUUUUCUGGAAUUUCGAGGACCUUCUUUUCUAAGCUUUUCUUCUUAUAUAUUAAGGUUUAUUUAGGUUUGGUAAUGUAAGUACUUAAGUAGUGGCCAAGGUUAAAUACCCGCUUUAAUGUAUUUCUGUUCAUGUAUCAGCUUGUUUCCUGCCCUGUUUCUGUAAUCUCUCAACAUUUGCUUGUGAGAUGUAGAUUUAUGUGUUUUGAUUUUAUUAGAAGAAAUUUAUGGAAUCCAUAAGUUGAUGAUGCAUUUAUGGAAAA